UUUGAUGAAACUGUCCAAGGGGGAUUGAGUUAAUAAAGAAUUAUGUCACUCCAAUUUCAUCCAUACACACUUUAUGAUACCAACAACACCAGGUUUUGGGUUCACUAUGGCCUGGUUAUUCUUGGUGCCGUCCUAGCCAUUGUUACAGCAGUAGCCCAGUGGGUGAACCCCGCCCCCUACGGAAAACACGAGCGGAGGGAUCAGAACUGGGGCCCCCUGAUCCCUCAGAGACUGGGGCACAUUCUCUCAGAUGCUAUACCCGGGGUUGUGCUGUUUACACUGGUGUUUGUAUUUUAUGGAACUGAUGAUAAAACCUACGUCAACUAUGUAUUCCUAGCCAUGUUUUUGUCUCACUACAUACACAGAGGUAUAAUACACCCUCUUGUGAUGAGAUAUAGGAAUUCCAAGGUAGCUUUGGGCAUAACGCUCGGUGGCUUUUUUCCAAACUGCCUUUAUCAUUUUAUAAAUGCUGACUUCAUAGGAUCAGCAAAGUUCUACACAAAUUAUUACUAUGACCCUCGUUUCAUACUUGGUAUUAUUAUUUUCAUUGCUGGUUAUAUCAUCAACAGAUGGGCGGAUCUAAAAUUACGUUCUUUACGGGAAACAAAAGAUUCUUCAAAUGAUCAAAACCAAAAGGCAGGCAAUUACGGUGCUUUAAGUCUUAGUCAAGAAGAAAAUAGUAACGAGAAGCCUGGAUGUACUGGUUACUAUAUACCCUUCGGAGGCCUCUUUGAGUUAGUCACGUGUCCAAACUACUUUGGUGAACUGGUAGAAUGGAUUGGAUGGACAAUUGCUACGUGGUCAGCGGCUGGCCUUGUGUGGACCCUUUUUGCUGCAGCAACUUUUGUCCCCAGAGCUAGACAUAAUCAUGUGUGGUACAAGUCACAGUUUGAGUCCUAUCCACCGAACAGAAAAGCUUUAAUUCCAUUUCUGUUUUAGCAUUAUGAACAUAUGCAUAUCAAUUCAAUUCAUCAACUGUGUGUCUAAUUUUGUUUAUUUCCCAGGUAUCCUUUUAAAGUUUUAACAUUAAAAAUUAUUUUUUAAAGAAAAAUUGUCAUAAACUUAGAUAAAAAAAAAGGAAAAUGUUAUGGCCUAGGAACAAGUAUCGUAUGGAGUACUUUUUGAAUAAAAAAAAUUGUUGAAAUCCAUGGUCAACUAACUGUAUAAUUUUUAUGAUGUAAAUGUAAAAAUCCAUAUCAUUCAUAUUGGUGCUUUCUUAAAAAUUGAUUGAAAUAAACAUGACAUUUGUUUUUACAUGUACUUUAUUAUGUAAUGUUAUGAUAUUAUAUAAACUAUUGUUAUGAAGUUUUACAGAAAUGAUACUAUUUCUGGUAUUUUGCAUUAUUGUUAUCUAGUGGAAUAUUUAAAUUUGUCAAACUAAAAAAAUGCAUAACUUUGUUUAACAUCAUAAACAAUUUUAUGGGAACAAUUCUGUUUUUAUAUAAUAUAUAUGUAACAUUUUAAAAUUUUACUCUAUUUUUGUGAUAUCCAGAACAUGCAAACAAUGUCAAGAUAUUAAGAAAAUGAUAUAUUUGUAUAAGUUUGUUUCCUUUUUACAGAAAAAACGCCAUUUAAAGAGAUGUCACUAGAACCUCAAAUUUUGCUUUCCUGUAAAGAAGAUUCUUUCAGUUUCUACAAGAAGCAUAGUUAGAAGUCAUUCAGGAUUCGUUAAAGAUUUUUUGUUUAACAGAGAUUCCUUAAAAAGUGAUUUUUUUUUAAAUUCGGUUUUCCUGUAUUUGCAUUUUAUCAUGAACUUUUGUAAAAUUUCUUUCUCUUUUAUUUGGUAUGGAACAAUGAAAGAGAUAGAAUUUAAUACCUUGUGCAUUAAGAGAAGGUUUGAAAUUAGUUAAUACCUAAUAUUUACAU